AUGGGGAGACCCAAUAGGACCCCACAGCCAGGGAAGACCCCAGAGCCCAAAAAGGGACAACUCACCUCGUCCCUGCGCCAGUUCCUGGUGACCCCCGCAGACCUCGCAACACAGCCGCAUGGCGCCGACGGAUCAAUGGCGUCGGAGGAGAGCGCGCCUUCCUCACCGGCAUCAGAAGUGCUCACAAGCGGCACAGAGCGCCCCCCUUGGUUGGACCUCCUGAGAGCACUGCCCACCAAAGAGGAUCUCCACUCAGCCACCUCAGCCCUGGGAGCUACAAUCAGGCAGGACAUCCAGGCACUGAGGGCUGACAUGCAGGGUCUGUCAGACCGCGUGGGCCACAUGGAGGCAACCUGUGACAGCCUGAGGGAAGCGCAGCAUACAUUAGCAGAGGCUGCAGACAGCUCCUCGGAACAGGUACGUGGCAUGGCCCUACAUAUUGAGGACCUGGACAACAGGGGGCGCCGCAAUAACUUAAGACUGCGCGGCCUCCCUGAAACUGAGGACUCCCCCCAGCAGCUACAAGAAAUCCUCCUUGAAAUAUUAAAUGAGAUCCUAGGCCGAGACCACCAGGCACCCAUAGAAUUUGUAAGAGCUCAUAGAGCCCUCCGUCCUAAGGGCGCGCCAGAUAGCCCACCCAGGGAUGUCAUAUGCUGCCUAGCGAAUUUUGCCUUAAAGGAGACUAUCCUUAAACAAGCACGAGGCCGGCAAUCGCUCACCUACCGGAACCAAGACCUGCAACUCUUUCCAGAUUUAUCGCCGGCUACCCUGACCUACCGACGCGCUCUGAAACCACUCACGAGGGUCCUGGUGGCCCAACAGAUCCGGUACAGAUGGCAGAUGCCCACGGGACUGCUCGUCCACACGCAGAGGGGUCCAUUCCUGGUCCGCACACACAGCGACUAUAUAGCCCUGGGCACGGAGCUCCAACUGCCCGCCAUCAACAUGAGAUGGCCUGACCCACUGGACAUCUACACCGCCGCAAGAAACCCCUACCCAAGACCGGCGCUGCCGCAACGCACUAGAGGGGGACGCCAGGAGGCCACUAGGCCCACAGGUACCGCCCGUUAG